AUGGGAGACAUUUCUAGCUUCUUAUCAGAGGAUAAGUCGUUGUUCGACGUUGAACAAGUCUUGAAGGAGUUGACAACGCUUGAAAAGAUUGAUCUCCUAGCAGGUGUCGACUUCUGGCACACCAAGGCGGUCCCUCGACUCAAUGUUCCCUCGAUUCGAAUGUCAGAUGGCCCCAAUGGGGUCCGAGGUACCAGGUUCUUCAACGGUGUGCCCGCAGCCUGCUUCCCAUGCGGUACUGGCCUUGCAGCGACUUGGAAUACAGGCCUUCUUCGCGAAGCUGGGCACCUAAUGGGCACAGAGGCGAGGGCAAAAGGCGCCCACGUGCUGUUAGGUCCCACGGUCAAUAUGCAGCGGAGUCCUCUUGGCGGGCGAGCUUUCGAAUCCUUCUCCGAGGACCCUGUCCUGUCCGGAGACUGCGCGUCAGCCAUUAUAAACGGCAUACAGAGUACUGGAGUUGUGGCAUCGAUCAAGCACUUUGUGGCUAACGACCAGGAACAUGAACGUAUGGCUGUCGACUCGCUUGUUACGGAACGGGCUUUGCGAGAGAUCUAUGCUCUUCCCUUUCAGAUCGCCGUGAGGGACUCGAAUCCUGGGUCGUUUAUGACAUCUUAUAAUAAGGUCAAUGGUGUGCACGUGAGUGAGAACCUGAACAUGAUCGAGAAGAUUGUCCGAAAAGAAUGGGGAUGGCAGGGCCUGGUGACGAGCGAUUGGUACGGGACAUACUCAACAGUUGAAUCCCUCGAGGCCGGACUGGACAUUGAAAUGCCGGGCCCGACCCGUUGGCGCGGACAGAUGCUCCUCCACGCACUCAUGUCCAGGAAGAUUGACAUGGAGGUCAUAAACGAGCGAGUUAGGCAGGUCCUGAAGCUUGUACACCGAGCCGUGCAGACAGGUAUUCCUGAAAAUGCACCUGAGCAGGGUCGGGACACCCCAGAAACGGCGUCCCUUUUGAGAACGAUUGCGAGCGAAGCUAUCGUCCUUCUGAAGAAUGAGAAUAACGCACUUCCUUUCAAGAAGGAUAAAAAGGUCGUUGUCAUUGGCCCUAAUGCCAGGACAGCUGUCUACUGCGGCGGCGGAUCAGCUACUCUACGUCCAUACUAUGCCGUCCUCCCCUUCGAGGGCAUUGCUAAAAAGGCCGAAAAUCUCUCGUAUUCGAUCGGUUGUUACUCCCACAAGAUGUUGCCACUUCUCGGGUCACAACUUCGAACCGACGAUGGUCGAAGCGGCGUCACCUUUAAAGCCUUCACUUCCCCCGACACAGUCAAAGAUCGAGUCCCCGUUGAUACUUUACAUCUGGAUACCACGGACAUGUACUUCGCCGACUACUAUCACCCUGAAAUUACCGAGAACCUCUGGUGGGGAGAGAUUGAGGCUCUUUUCGAGGCUGAGGAGACUGGUGACUUCAUGUUUGGGCUCACUGUAUUCGGAACGGCUAGGCUCUAUGUCGACGAUGAGCUUGUGGUCGAUAAUGAGACCACGCAACGCCCCGGAGGAACCUUCUUCAAUGUUGGCACUGUUGAGGAGACCGGGGUGAGACACCUAACCGCUGGGCAAACAUACAGGAUCAGAGUUGUUUUUGCCAGCGGUGCCGCGUCAAAACUUGGUGAUGCCGAGGGUGUUGUUUCUUAUGGCAGCGGCGGCCUAAGAAUCGGAGGGGCCAGAGUGAUUGAUCCGGAAGACGAGAUUGCCAAGGCUGUGGAGUUGGCCAAGACGGCUGAUCAGGUCGUCUUGUUUGUUGGCCUCAACUCUGACUUUGAGCAAGAGGGCCAUGACCGUCCUCACAUGGACCUCCCCGGACGGACUGAUGAGCUUGUGUCGGCGGUGGCAGCGGUCAAUCCGAAGACAGUCGUGGUUGUUCAGUCCGGAUCACCUGUUACCAUGCCUUGGGCUGACUCGGUUGCCGCGGUAGUACAAGCGUGGUACGGCGGUAACGAGACCGGAAAUGCCAUUGCGGAUAUUCUAUUCGGCGACGUCAACCCCUCAGGGAAGCUGCCCCUGUCCUUCCCCAUUCAUGUCGAGGACAACCCGGCUUUCUUGAACUAUCGCUCGGAGCAUGGUCGGGUUCUUUACGGAGAGGAUAUUUACGUCGGUUACCGAUUCUACGAGACAACCAAGCGACCUGCUCUGUGGUCAUUUGGUUCUGGACUAUCAUACACUACUUUCGACCUGCUGGAUCUUUCCAUUCAGAAAGAUCAAAGGGAUGGGCGCGAGAUUCUCCUUGUUGACGUUGGUGUCAAGAACACUGGCCCCGUUGAUGGUGCCCAAGUGGUCCAGGUAUACGUUGCCGCCCGGUCCUCGUCAGUCAAGCGUCCGAUGAAAGAGCUCAAGGGGUUCUCAAAGGUCUUUGUCAAAGCUGGUGAAACAGCCGUUGCCAAGAUUUCUAUCGAGAGGAAAUAUGCCGCGAGCAUCUGGGACGAGACGAGGCAUCAAUGGGUGGAGGAGGCGGGGACAUAUGAUGUCCUAGUGGGAGAUUCCAGCUCAAACAUUCAGCUGAAGGGCCAUUUUGAGGUUUCGGAUACAACCUGGUGGUCUGGCCUGUAA